AAAGUAUGCCAUGUUCGUGAAAAGAAUUCAGUGCAUAUCGCAGUGUAUAGAGAAAGUGACGUGAAUAGUGAAAUUUGCAUGUGUUCAGGUUGAGAUUAAUGUGAAAUAUUCACGCUUUGGUGUGUGGUGCAAAUUUUAGGAUGCCUCUUGCCAAUUCUGCAGCGUCGGAUCCAUGGAAAUGGAAAGUCCAAAACAAUACAGUCGCCGCGACCGAGCACACGGAGUAUCAAACUCGAUUUCAGGUCUACGGAUAGUUUCUGUAUCUCAAGAAGAUGUAGAAAUGGUGGUCGAUGAUGCUUUCGACCCCCUUCCCAAUGAAGAGAAUCACUAUGUGACGAGUGAAGACGUGCAAAUGAAGGAGCGCGAAAUAGAACUGAAAGACGUUGUGAAGGAGGGCCAUGAGAAGGCCGAUCCCUCACAGUUUGAAUUGCUGAGAGUCCUCGGUGAGGGCUCAUUCGGCAAAGUGUUCCUAGUGAGAAAGAUUGUGGGUAAAGAUGCUGGAACUCUGUAUGCAAUGAAAGUGCUGAAAAAGGCCACUCUAAAAGUGAAAGACCGUGUAAGAAGCACUAAUGAAAGGAACAUCUUGGCCGACGUUGGACAUGCUUUCAUUGUUAAACUGCACUAUGCUUUCCAAACACCAGGAAAAUUGUACUUGAUAUUGGAUUUUCUACGUGGCGGAGAUUUAUUUACUCGUUUGAGCAAAGAAGUGAUGUUCACAGAGGAGGAUGUAAAGUUCUACCUAGCUGAAUUGGCUUUGGCACUUAAUCAUUUACACAGUAUUGGCAUUAUUUAUAGAGAUCUUAAACCCGAAAAUAUUCUACUAGAUCAAGAUGGCCAUAUCGCCUUAACAGAUUUCGGAUUGUCAAAACAGCCUCUGGAUGGAUCUAAGACGUACAGUUUCUGUGGCACUGUUGAAUAUAUGGCCCCAGAGGUAGUGAACAGGAAGGGUCAUCAUUUUGCCGCCGACUGGUGGUCCUUUGGCGUACUGAUGUAUGAGAUGUUGACGGGAAAUCUUCCAUUUCAUGGUGCUACGCGACAGGAAACAAUGAAUCAGAUCCUAAAAACUAAAUUGGGCAUGCCGGAUAAUCUCAGUCCAGAGGCACAGUCACUACUACGCGUGUUGUUUAAGCGAAAUCCACAGAAUCGCCUUGGAGCUGGUCCUGGUGGCAUUGAUGACAUAAAGAAGCAUGAAUUUUUCGCCACCAUUGAUUGGGAUGCAUUGGUGACAAAACAAGUGCGACCACCCUUUAUUCCAGCGGUUUCACGCGAUGAUGCCUUUUACUUUGACACUGAAUAUACAAGUAAAUCACCGAGAGAUUCGCCCGGGGGUCCCGUUAGUGCGAGCGCUCAUGAGAUCUUCCGCGGGUUUAGUUUCGUGGCUCCUGGAUUGCUGGAUGAUGCGGGAAUGCCUAUUUCUAAUGGAGGUGCCGGUGCGGUGGGAAUACAAUCGAAGUUACCCUUCUCCAAUGAAAUACCGGGAGUGAAACCUGGUGUGUUCUGUGAUGAGUAUAAUCUAAUGCAAGAACUUGGGCGUGGCACCUUCUCUGUAUGUCGUCUAUGUGAGAGUAAGACAACACGGAAACAGUAUGCGGCAAAGAUUAUCAGUAAAUCUGACCACGACUGCAGGGAGGAAGUUGAAAUCCUUCUGCGCUACGGUAAUCACCCAAACAUUGUUACACUACUUGGCGUGCACGAGGACAACUCAUGUGUGUAUCUAGUCAUGGAAUUACUGAAAGGUGGUGAGCUGCUGGACAGAAUUCUCACGAUACAGAGGAUGUCGGAGAUGGAAGCGAGUGCUGUUCUGCGAACUGUCAUCUCAGCAGUAGCUUACCUUCAUGAGCAUGGAGUUGUUCACAGGGAUUUGAAACCGUCAAAUUUGCUCUACGCUUCAGUCCAGCAGACGCCUGAAUCCCUCAAGUUGUGCGAUUUGGGAUUUGCUAAGCAACUUCGCGCUGAUAAUGGUCUUCUCAUGACGCCCUGUUACACGACAAAUUUUGUGGCUCCCGAAGUGCUGAAGCGACAAGGAUAUGACUUGGCGUGUGAUAUUUGGUCAUUGGGUGUGCUCCUCUACAUAAUGCUUGAUGGGAAAACCCCCUUCGCCAGCACACCUAAUGAUUCACCUGAUAUGAUCCUCAAUAGAAUCGGUUCAGGGCAUAUUGACAUUCAUAGUGAGAGAUGGAAAUCCGUUUCGCAGGAUGUGAAAGAUUUGCUGUGUCAAAUGCUACACAUCGUGCCACAGAAGAGACCGACAGCUGCGCAGAUUUUGAGACAUUCUUGGCUAUGGCAACCGCCACCGGAUCUGAGCAGGCAAUCGGCAGAGGUGCAUAAUAUACAGCAUCAGCAAAAUCUGGGUGUGACUGGUGUAUCCGCGAAGGAUCAAACGGCAGCAUUAAGGAGAGCUGUAAAUGCUACUUUUCGUGCGAUAGCAUCUCCACAGGCGGCAAAUGUGGGCCCCGUGGGAAUGUCUGAACUAGCCAAGAGGCGCGCCAGAGACAAGUCGUCGCAUUCACAUGUAUAAUAAUUGUUUAUGGUAGGAAUAUCCCUUUGUUGAUUGAUUUUUGUUGCCAUUUCGCGAAAUAGCCAAUAUUGUUAAAAUGGUUUAAUCCAGCAUAUUUGUUUAUUAAUGUUAUUUUUUGUGUAAUAGAUAGUAGUUUCUUUUGUACAAAAUAUAAAUUUCUUUGGGACGUUUUAGUCACAUCACUUAUUUUCUUUAUUAUAUUGUACUCCAAAUGACAUAAUAUUGUAUUCCAAUUUUAACUUUGUGAAAGAGAGCUAGUGGAUUCAUUCAUGUAUAAUAAACUAAUUGCUAGAUUUAUAGAGUAUUUUCCGUUGGAGAAAGAUUCUUCUUGAGUGGGUUGAGAGGUAAAAAGUCUUACAAUUAUCAUACUUUAGCCAUAUUUUCCAUUUUACAUACAAUAAUUACUCGAUUGUAGAAAUAUAUUUUAUGCGUGUAUUUAGGAAGGACAUACAGAUUUUACAGUUUAAUUGUUGAUAUAAAAAAAUCAAUUGCUGGAAAAAAAAACACUUUGCUUCCACUAUAAUAUUAAACAUUAUUACAUAUUGUGCAAGGAACAUCUGUACUUUGUACAGACAAAAUACAAAUAAUAUAACUUUUUCUAUGUCGCGUGUAGUAUUUCAAAACUGUUGCAAGCAAUUGAUUGUAGCAAAUUUACAUGGUGAUGUAGAAGAUUUGUACAAAUGCCGAUGAAAUGUAAAAAAGAAGAAGAGGUAAUAUAUAUUACAAAUACAGGAAAAUGUAUAACAGUUGUACUGAUAUCGGCAUAGUAAUUGAUAAACGUGGAUAUUUAACAAGGAAUUAACUAAAUUAUUGUGACUUUCUCUAUACAGAAGCAUUAAAGAAAUAUAAAUUUAUUCUAUGAACAA